AUGCAGUGUGCACCGGCAAUAUCAACCAUGUCCCUUGGGCGCGCCUGGGUACACGGCAUGCCAGGAAAGCUUCGACAAGCCGCCGAAGCUGGAUUUGAAGGAAUUGAGCUCUUCUACGAGGAUUUGGAAUACCUCGCAAAUUCCUAUGGAACCAAUGGAACGCACGAAGAGAAUUUAAUAGACGCAGCUGGGGAGAUCCGUCGUUUAUGUGAUCUCUACGAAUUGACGAUCAUCAAUCUACAGCCUUUCGGGUUUUACGGUGGUCUUUUAGACCGUGAGGAACACAAGCGACGAAUCCGAGAAAUCAAAUUAUGGUUCAGACUGGUCAAGAUACUAAGAACUGAUCUGAUUCAUAUACCCUCGAACUUUCUACCCAAGGAGGAUGUAUCAGAUGACAUGCAACUUCUUGUUCGUGACCUGACCGAACUUGCCGAUUUGGGUCUGCAGGAGAGGCCCCCAGUGAGAUUUGCCUUCGAAAGCCUUUGCUGGGGGACCUAUGUUGAUACUUGGGAACAAUCGUGGGAAGUGGUCGAAAGGGUGAACAGAAUAAACUUUGGGUGUUGCCUGGACACCUUCAACAUCGCCGGCCGGAUAUGGGCUGAUCCAGCAAGUCCGUCGGGUAAAACCCCGAAUGCAGACACUGUCCUCGAAGCUUCCCUCAACCGAAUGCGUGCGACUGUUGACAUCAAAAGAGUGUUCUUUAUCCAGCUAGUUGAUGCUGAGCGUAUGGAGACACCGUUAGUUGUGGGACAUCCAUGGCAUGUCGCAAGUCAGCCACCUAGAAUGUCGUGGAGUCGCAAUGCAAGGCUCUUCGCCUACGAAACAGACAGAGGUGGCUACCUUCCCGUUAUAGACAUCGCGAGAACCAUCCUCAAGGACCUUGGGUAUGAAGGCUGGGUGUCUAUGGAGUUAUUCUCAAGAACGAUGGUUGAUCCCAACCCUUCCGUGCCAGCUGACCACGCGAAGAGGGGGAUCGCUUCCUGGGAAAAACUAAGGGCGGAUAUCCUCGAUUUUGACAGAGUUCCCCUUCAGCUCGUAGGGCGUCUAUGA